AUGCCGACGCCGCGCUCUCCUGCGUCUCUGCGAGGCCCAGCACCUUGGCCCUCGCUCCUGCCACCCUCACUCGCCUACCUGUCCGACCCGCGCCCUCACCCAGACCCUGCCUCGCUCCCCGCCUCGCGCCGCUCCACCUCGCAACACCCGCCUGGCACCCCACCCCGCUCCCUCCAGGACCACCUCGACCAGCUCGACAAGGACGAGGACGACCACUACGCCCAGGUCCUCAACCUGCGCCACUACGGCCACUCGUGGCUCGUCCCGCUCGGCCGCCAACACACCCACGACGAGGACGCCGACUCGGCCUUCUCGACCUCGCCUCACCAAGGCCUCGACUCGGCCCUCGAGCUCGGCAACUCGCCCCCACGACACGACGCUGCUCCACUCCCGCCCACCGGCGACGACGCUGCGGCGCCCGUCGUCGACCUCGACGCCGACAUCGAGGACGCCGACGCGAGCGCGACCGGGUCGUCUGGCAGCCACGCGUCGACGGCGAGUGGGUCCGGCGACGACGAGGACGACGACGACGGCGAGGCAGAUGGGUCCGGCUCGGGCUCGGGCUCGGGCUCAGGGGGCUCAGAGGCGAACGCGAGCGGGUCGGGCGACGAGUCGUGA